UCCAUUAAAAUAAACAAAAAAUAAAUAACCCAAAACCCUCGUCCCCGCGAAUAGUCUUCACCUUUUAGCCUUUCCCUCCUUUCCCGUUUCUUCAAUUUGUCUGCUAUUUCCUUUUAAUCUGCAAAACCCAUUUCCUUAUUUCCCCAUUUUUCCAGGAUAAUGAAUUCUACCAAUUCAGACAAAGUAAAAAUUUUCCCACCAUCCGAACAAUUCCCACAAUUCAAUAUCCAGCCCUUCGCUAGUUUCCAAAACCAUUGCUCUGCCGUCGUCCAAAACCUCUCGCAAUUUCCUCUAUUCAAUCAAACCCAUUUUCAAACAACUCUCUGCAACCUCCAAAACCACACAAGACAAGUGAUCGAUAAUACAAUCUCUUUCUUCAACCCAAAUCCUUCCUCUUUAUGCAAACCACUUUGGGCUCGAAUUCCUCAUGAUACCAAGACUCCACUCGAGCCAGUUCGACAAUCUCGCACUGUAAUGUCUACUGAAACCAUUGAAGAGAGAUUGGCUGGCGUGCCUGUGUAUGCAUUGAGCAAUCCCAAUGAAGAAUUUGUGCUGGUUUCUGGAGUUUCCACGGCGAAGUCCUUGGGGCUGCUUUGUUUCAAGAAGGAAGAUGCAGAGGCUCUUCUUGAGCAAAUGAAGAGCAUGGAUCCUGGAAUGCGAAAAAGUGGGUCAAAAGUGGUUGCCGUUGCUUUAAACAAGGUUUUUCAGCUAAAGGUUCAAGGCGUAGCAUUUAGGUUAAUACCAGAGUCAUCCCAAGUCAAGAAUGCGCUUAGGGAGAUGGAAAAGGCUGGUAUAUCUGAUGAUGGCUUCUCUGGAGUUCCAGUUUUCCAGUCAAGAAGUUUGAUAUUGAGCAGCCAAAACAAGCGCUAUCGUCCAGUAUUCUUUAGAAAGGAGGAUUUAGAUAAGUCUCUACUACGGGCUUCACGGGAGCAGAAAAAAUUAAAUCCUGCUUUCAGGCAGGGCGAUAUUCAGGUUGCUGUUUUUGAAGAAAUAAUAAAGUCUAUGAAGGAGGGUUCUACUUCAACCUGGGCUGAUGUUGUUUUUAUUCCUCCUGGUUUUGACGUUUCAACUGAUCCUUCCCAGCAAUAGACGCAGCUGCAAAUGAGCAAGUGAUACACUUGUUGGAUAGUUGCUUGUCAAGUAUGUAUAUUCAACUUGAAUUUGGAGCCAUCAAGUAGGGGGACAACGGUACGACAUGGGCCCAUAUAGCAAAUCUUCAGAACAAAUUUAAAAAUUGUUACUUCUUUGUAGUUGUCUUCUUUUAGUCUCAAUUAGCAUAUUUUCAGUUGAGUUUUUAGUCUGCAGUUUCGUAUAUUCUCCCAGUAUCUUGAUGUUAGUGCUUGGUUAAUCAGUAAUUUGGGAGCCAUAAGUUUAGUGUGUCUGAACCUUGCUUGAUAUGAGAGACUUGCUUGGACACAAACAUGAGACUAGUGGUGCCCUUUCUAGUUUAAGACCAAAAAAUCUGUCUUUUCAAAUCAGCUUUAGUACAUCAAAGGUUUGCCUUGUUAAUAAUGCUUGUCAUACGUUUCUGAUGAAAUUAUUUAGAUUCUUAUUAUGCUGUUUGCUCA